CAACCGCUUCCAUUGCAGCUCCCGUAGACACUAGCGCCACAUUUCCCUCUAGGGUAUUUAUUUAGAAACUCUAUGGUGCAUGGGGUUAAUAUGCGUAGAGUGGUGAGUGUUCCGUGGCCACGCGAAUGCUUGUGGCGGUGGUGACGUGACGGCGGCGCAGGUGGUUUCCGCUCAUGAGCGCGCGUCGGCACGGAGGCGCGGGCGGCUUUCAAAGGUCGGUAUGCAUUCGUCCCCGUCGUGGUCGCCGUUGAUUGCGGAUUUAUGUGCGCGCAGACGGACUCGAAGCGCGAUGCUCCUGCGUGACGGUGCGUGUUGGACAUCGGCGGCCUCUCCGUGUUUUGUACUACGAUCCCGCCGUAGGGAUUUGCGCCUGCUUCUUUCAGCCGAUUGUCACCGCGCCACGAGCAAUCGAAGACGCCUACAAUGUGUGCCAUUUGCGCUGCUGCUAGUGUUGUGUAGCCUUCAGCCUGCCCGUGCUGCCUCCGAACUCAAGGAUAUCGCAAAACUUGCCGAGCUCGCCUUACGGCGGUAUGAACCGUCUUUUAAGCUCACUGGAAAUGUUAGCGAGACGCUGGUGUCGUUGCUGAGCAGUCUGCGAUCGUCGAGACUGUCGCACCGCUUGGAAGCGGUAAACUGCUCGCCUCCUUUCAACGGUAGUGCUCUUUGCAAAGAGGGUGCCGAGUGCCUUUCGGUGGGCGAUCUGCUGCAGCUGUUCCCAGAAGCAGCUGAGAGCAGCGUGGGCGAGGCGCUGGUCCGUCUCUGUCCCGUACUGAUUUUCCAGAUGCAGCACCGAUCAUGUGAUUUUACCCCAUCAGUCGCAUCGCGAGGCAAAACACGACCCACCCCAGCUCAGGUGUGGGGCUUUGGCAUGCUGGCCGUGUUUGUCAUCAGCUGCUGCUCACUGGCGGGCCUAGUGAUUGUGCCUUUCCUGAGCCAUGUCCUCUACCACCGGCUGCUCAUGGUGUUUGAGGGCCUGGCUGUGGGCUCCCUGCUGGGCAGUGCCGUCUUCCACCUCAUCCCACAGGCGUUCAAUCUGCUUGGCCAAGACCAAGAGCACGACUACUUGUGGAAAUCCCUCAUAGUGUUCUUGGGCGUGUACCUGUUCUACCUCAGUGACAAAGUGAUGCGAUUCAUUGCUGACUAUCGCCAGAGAAGGAGUGAUGAGAAAUUGGAGACAUCAUUUGGGUGUGCGCUGGCCAAUGGCGGUGUCCUUGAGCUGUCUUCAGGAGACUCGCCCGUUCGUAAGAACACCCUUGCCACAGCUGAACCGCAGCCUCUGCAGGCCCACAACCAUGAGCAUAGAAUCAAGGCAGGCGACGGCAUUGCAGCUGUUGCCUGGAUGAUCAUCUUUGGCGACGGCAUGCACAACUUCAUCGAUGGCCUUUCCAUCGGGGCAGCAUUCUCCGAGAGCCUUCUGGCUGGAGCCAGUAUUUCAGUUGCCGUGGUGUGCGAGGAGUUCCCACAUGAACUGGGGGACUUUGCAGUGUUGCUGAGUGCGGGCAUGAGCACCCGCCAGGCUGUGGUGUACAACUUCUUGUCGGCGCUGACCUGCUUCUUAGGCCUAGGCGUUGGCAUCCUGGUGGGCGACCUCACUGAGGGGGCUCCCCACAUCUUUGCCCUGGCUGCUGGCAUGUUCCUCUACAUUUCCCUCGUUGCCAUGAUGGGUGAGCUCAACGAAGCUCUGGAUGCAGCCAGCAAGGAGGGCCUUGUGGCCUCUGUGAAACUGUUCCUGCUCCAGAAUGUAGGGAUCGGCAUGGGGGUGGCGCUGCUCUUCCUGAUGGCCAAGUAUAGCGAGAAGAUCAACUUUGAAUACUUCUCGAGUCUGCCACCCGGAGUGAGUGUGGCUGCAGCCUCGUUUGGGGGAGCACACGAUGAUGCCAGGGCUGUCUUUGGAGGCCUAGGCAUGUGAGCCGCAGGCACCACUUAGACUCUGCCUCGACACAACACCAUCCAGCUGGACAAAAAGGGAAAUAGAGAGGUGAAAAAGAUGUGUAAAUUUCCUGCAUGGCUCACAAUGUACAAACCAGCUCAGCAACAAUUUUCUUCGAGUGUGGUUAGCUUAUUUGGGGAGCCCACUUCCUACUUGGACAUUAAUUAGAUGAGUUGACAUGACCUACAGUGUCACCUUUUGCACGUUGGCACUUUUGCAUUGUCGAAGUUCUUGCUGAUUUAAGGCUUAAUAAUGAGAAAAGCUCGCCAGUAAGGUUAAAAUAAGAAAGUUCCAUAACUGCAGGCAACAUGGAAGAGGCUUCAAAAUGUUUGAAUAUGACCGCGUGGUGUUUACCUGAUCUGUGGCAGGUCAAGCAGUACUGCAGUAAGCAUCCACGAACCAGCUGUGCUGUUGCAUUUGUGCAUUUGCUUUGUGCUUUUACAUGACGCCUUUUCUCUGAAUUUUCUGACAGGCUGAGUUUUUCUACAUCACAAAUGCUCGCACUUAAAACAUGGGCACGGCAUGUUCAAUUUUUGAGAUUCUACAAUGCAAAAUUACAUGGAAGCACAGAAUAUGCUUCUACAUUUGCAUUUUUGAGUGUCGUGAAAAGUUAAUACAAAUAACCACCUUUACCUUAUACGACUAUGUUUACUGACAUUUUCACUACAUACGAACUCGAGUUCAGUUUCACAUAGAUUUGUGAUUUUCAUGGCCAUAUUAUACCACCAUUAAAACUGGCAUUAGUGAACAUGGAAUAACUGCAUGGAAAGUUUACCUACUUUGUAAGUGUAUGCCGAUAUGUGCUUUUAAAAACAUCUUGUGACAUAGUUGUGCUGUGGAGCACAUCAGCUGUUGCUUACACUGCUGAUUGCAUAAUUGUGCUAAAGCGCACCAUAAGGGCUCACACUCGGCUGGUCUUACCUGCACAGCCACUGAGUGUUGACCGUGCCAGGGCAUCAGCUGGGGAUGGCUGCAUCACUGUGCUACUGUUUUUCGUCUAUGUGCCUGUUGUGUGAACAAUAAGGCACUUAUCAAAGGGACUGGCAAGUGAGACUAUGUUGCAUUUUAGAUUAUAGUGCUUCAUAUCGAUAAAAACAAGCAAGUUUUUCCCUUCACCAGCACAUUAGUGUGUAAUUGCUUAGUGAUAGUGCAAAUAAGUUGCAAUUUUUGGCUUCAAGCAAAAAGAAAAACUGCUUCUUAGAUGUUGCUGUAACCAUGCAUUAAGGGCAAAAUCAAACUGUCUCUACAAAAAUACAAAUAAAACCUGUCAAGAGUACAUGCCUACUAAAUGCAAACCUGCUGUCCAGGUUUUAUCUCCUUUUGGUUGUCAGCAUCAAAGCCACUUCAUUCAGUUUUAUAAGGUACAUUUCAUCUGCAAGAGCAGUAACCAGAUGCCACCAGUACUGUCACCGGCGGCAUCCUGUGACAUGAAAUGGGUGCUGCUCAAGAUUCCAGUAGGUGAAAAUUAUGUGAAAGCAAUCUUUGCAUGCUUCCAUCGUCUAAAAUGCUUUGGGGUGUUGUGAGGCAAUGUGCACCCCUUUUUGUGCAAGUGUUUUGUGGAAGAACCUUUGGGUGUGCAUACUGUCAUAUCUGGUUAGGAAAGAGGAGUGACACUAACAAGCUGCGGCUUGCUGGUACCACAUAGUACAUAUUUCCUUGCCUUCAUUAUAGCCGACUUAGGUGACCCCACGUUUUCUAAACAUAUUGGGAAUAUUGACAUGUGUGACUAUCUGUAGGCAGGACAGGAAAGUUUGUCUCAUGGAAAUUUAUGUAGCUGAAUCAUUAUUUUUUAGUACUUAAAAUCUUUGCUGUUUAUUCUUUGAUAAUUUUGUGCAUCCAUGCUUUAUUUAAAUUAGACUCGUACUGCAUUGGAGGAACACAGAGUGCUUAUGAGGUGUCAUAUUCACUGUGACCGCCCCUUGAAAUUUGUCAUGGAGCCAAAACCAAACCGUAUGUGUGGUUGACUGCAACACUUCCCAAAAGCUUUGUGUUGCACAAUAAUGUUCAAACUUUUGUAGUUGAUGAUGUGCAUAGUAAGUUGAUUUUGCCCAGCUCACCACUUGUACAAUGCUUUCUAUAGUUUCAGUUUCCCGAUUGCUCUUGUAAAAUCAUGUGUAAACAUUGUUAUCUUGAGCACCAGAACAUGUUCCACAGCAUGGCCCCAUGGAGGCUGUCCCAUACUGCUAAUGUCCCCUCCCGAAAAAAAACUGCAGCCACGACUGGAAACUCCUGCUUUUUGGCAGAAAGUAACAGACCAAUUUGUGUACUUUGAGGUCAUGGCUGUGCUAUUGUGGGUGCCUGUUACCUUCUUAAAGCAUGUCAAACCAACCAGCCUACAUCAGGAUGCUCCUGACUUCAGGGCAUCUCUGGCCUUGUGGAGCUUUCUUUCUGCACCUCUUCGGCCAUCUGCAUGUGGUGUCUCACUUGGAAUGCUGGCUGAAUGCUUUGACACAAUCGUGUCACUUUCAGUAUUACUCACUGCUUUUAUUAUUGCAUUGUAAACAGACACACAUCUACUUUUUUUUUUCACUGUACAGAAAUUUCAGAAAGUUUAUAAGCUGUGAAAAUGUCUGUCUAUAAACUGGAUAUGUGAAGAGACAGUAAACUUAGCUAGUCAAGAAACAGCCUUGCCAUUUUCACUUCUCUUCAUCAUUCUUAGUGUAAUGUGAUCACUGACAACCCUACCCUAGGUCCAGACAUUACUAAUUUAUACCAUUAUUUAUCUGUUUAUUGGCUGUACUUAACAAUUAAGGUAGCAACAGGUGGCAUGCGUUUAUUGCGCUGUUUUUUACUUGGUCAAGUUCGGACCUGGUGUGAUGAUUUGCUGUUCUCAAGGAGGUUAGAGAAAUGUCUCCGAAUGGCCAGUGUAGCAGCUCUUCAAUACACUGUGAGUCCACCAUUCUCAGAAAUGUGCAGUUUGUGCCAUUCUUCGUGGAAAGGCCAACUUGUGCUGCUUGCAUGUGUGGCACUUGGUAAUACGCUCAGGCUUCUCUUGAGGCUCAACUGUUGCCUGUCUAAGGGCAUGAGACAGUUAAGUAAUGUAAAAUGUCUGAAUUUUGAAAUUUUGACUGAAAAGGAAAAUGAAUUUUUUUCUUAUCUGCUGCUGUAACCAAUCAGCAUGUGCUGCAAAUUUUGCUUUCUUCCAUCACAGCUUUUUUGCACAUUAUAGGUGGCAGUGGUUAUUUUGAGACACAUUAAUUGGUUCAUGUGCUUGUUACUGAAGAAGCUUGACUUGUCAGCAUGCUGUUUGAUAUUAAGACUUAUUGCUAUUGAUGUUCUAUGAUAAUGCCUGUUUUUGUAACAGUGUAGCCAUGUGCGUACAUUCUUGUUUUGUUUUCAACUCAUUGCUAAAGUUAGCUUUACACUGAUCAUUAUGUCACAUCUAAUGCAUGCGCAUUACUCUGAUCAUUGUGUAUUUUUUUAUUGGCUUUACUUUUUGGCUGUUUGCCCCAUGCUAUGUCUUGUAGUGCUGAAAACCAUUUUUCCAAGGCCUUUGCUGUGUGGUGCAACUACUGGUUUGCAGAGUUUAGCUUUUUUCCUAGAGAUCUUUGUCAUUUGUGCUUUAAAGGAGCUGGGCUUGCAAUGAUAAUAAUUUUGCUUUGAAGUUAUCAUAGUAUGUCCACAAAAUUGCUGCGAAUAUUAUGAUACUGUGUGUCAGACGCAGAUGAAGAACACUCAGGCAACGACGCCAUGUAACUAUGUUGCGAUGGUGCCGUAAACAGUCAUGUUUUCUCUGCCCCCUUCUAUAUGACGACAAGAUGUUGGGAUCUCCACUGUCUGCGGUUUAGGUAUUGCUGGAGCUAUUGUAUGCGUAAGUUUUAAACAGACUGGCACGAUCUGGUAGUGAGUGACAAAGUUGGCAGGAUACUAAUAUCAUGGCCUCUGAGAUUGAGUGAUGCGCGCAGUCAUGUGCAGCCCGAUCUCAUAGGCCAUGGUAAUACAAGCUGCAGCUUGGUGCAUCAAGUUAUGAUGUCAUUGGGUAGUGAAACUUGACUCACUUUCUUUUCUGCCUUACCCAAGAGUUGAAUCUCUGAAAAUAGACAGAAAUCAUUGAGGACGAUUGUCCAUGUCGAGCUUUAGCUUUUUGGCAUAAGCUGCUGACAAGCUGGAACGUUUAUAUCUUGCCUGUCCCAUCCCAUCUUCGGCUUGUCGCCUCCCUCCACACUGGUGCUGGUUUAGUUCGACCCGGCUGGUGACAUCAGUGCCAACCGAUCUGGGAGCUCCUCUGCUCCUGGAAUGUCUCUUUUUCCUUUGUUCUUUUUGCAGUUAGACACACGAUCCUUCUAAAGUUGGGGAAGUAGGCAAAGAAAGCUUUAAAAUGUGUAUCUACCUUCGUUGGGAGUGUUUCAGUUUGUUGAAAGCUAUUUUAGGCGCUGCUUUUGUGUAAAGCGGUAGGAGAAGAUUACUGUUGAGUCUCUGAAAUGUUUUGUUUAGUUCAAGACUGCCGCUAGCUAAAAUGUACACAAAAUUCGCAGGUUUUGAAGUCGUUUUUGAAAACCAGUGGCAAUGUCACGUAAGCGAUAAAGUGGAUAGCUCUCAGAAUGACCUUGAGCUGCCUGCAAAAUAGCAAGCAUGCUGACAGGUUAUAAGCGAAGCAGAAUUGGCUGACAAGGUAUCAACCAACAUACUUAGGUUGUCUUGCAUGCUACGCUUGCAGCACUCGUGAUGGUGCGUUUCCUUUCGUUUCCCUGAUAAUGUGGCUUGGCUCUCAUUCUCACGCAUUAUCGCAUGCUAGAAUUGGACAUAUCAUUGUGCCAGCAUCUCUUUUCCUUUUAAUAAAAUGUGAUAACUGUGGUGUAGGGCUAGAAGGUGGCCUUAACACCACAGCUGAAAGGAGGCCAAUAGUUAACAAAAACACAGGAAAAGACGAUGGAUAUGACUAGCUCCGCAGCCCUCAUCAAGUAACGUUAUAGUGUCCCAGACAGCAUAAAUGCAUCCAGAGAAGUCGCCAAGAUGUCUGCACGAGGCUGUCCGGAUACCCAAGGAUGUCCCAAGCUUGUCCAAAUAGUCUCCAGAGAGGAUUGUCCAUUGAGAGCAGGUAUGGGGAAUGUUAUUUGCAUGUUGUUCCAAUACCUUUUACGGAUAAAAUUGGAUGUACAUUGAAUCUGGUAUUCCUUGUUUAACACUGAUGCUAGAGAUUAAUAGUGCGGCAACUUACCUGGAACAACUAGUAAAAUAUGUAUUAUGAAUUGCAUAAAAAUUUGAGUUUUAUAGCUUAUUCACCACAUUGGGAUCCCAGUCAACUCCUUGUAAAUUAUUUAUGGACAAUUAUUUUAAAGCUGUGUAAGUGAUGAAAGGCAUCGAGACUGCUAUAUGCACAUCUUCUGUGACAUACUAAGUUUAAAUUUUGGCUGGUUCCAUAUUUUCUGGCAUGCAGACACAUUGGACUAGUACAUGACCUAACACACACACACACACACACACACACACAUAUAUAUAUAUAUAUUUCAUAAUUCUGUAUUUUAUAUAUUCUAUGCUAUUGACACGUGUACUUAUCGUUA